AUGUCUCGCUUCAUUCCAUAUCUUGCACGUAAAACUAAUAUUGUGGCCAACGAUACUCAGACGGAGUCAGACUCGGAUGGCGAGUCAGAUACAGAACUUCAUGGCAGACGUGCAGACAAGAAGGGCAAGGGUAAAGGCAAGGGCAAAGGCAGGAGCAAGGGCAAGGCAAAGGGCAAAGGGAAAGGAUCUGCGAGCAACAAACGGUCUGUCCAGCAACUUGCCGGUUCAGAUGUGGAUAUGUUUGCAGAGUUGCCGGAAUGUCAAAAGUGUAACGCAUUGAUCAAGGGCCUUAUGCAACCAGUUUGA